AUGUCAACACCUGAAGAUCUUUUGAAGCUCGAUGACUUCCAGAACAUCUUCUCGCUGAAAGGGAAGGUUGCAGUCAUCUCUGGCGGGUCGCGCGGAUUAGGUCUUCAUACAGCAAGCGGCUUUCUCCAAGCAGGGUGCUCCCGCGUUUACAUAGUUGCCCGCAGCGAGGGCCCUUUGAACGAUGCCGCGAAAGCCCUCAAUGCACUCACGAACAAAAACCCUGACGCUCGGGCGAUCGCAAUCGUUGCAGAUAUAUCAAGUCAAGCAGGAUGCGCAAAGAUGGCCGCUGAAAUUAGCAAAACCACGGAUCAUGUCGACAUUUUGGUUGCCAACGCCGGCGCAACUUUUAUUGGCUACAUGGACGAUUACAAGGAAGAUGAUUUCGACCGGGUCAUGAAAAUGAACGUCAGCAGCAUCUUUUUCUCAGCUCAAAAAUUAUCUCCGUUACUUCAGGCUGGGGGCACAGUCCAGGAUCCAUCUCGGAUUAUCAUGGUGUCUUCAGUGGCGGGCGUCGUUGUUGGGGACAUGGGUGAGCACGGAACAUACGCGUACGCCGCUUCCAAGGCAGCUGUGAUUCAUCUGAUGAAGAACCUGGCCGUGGAACUUGGACCGAAACAUAUCACGGUGAAUGUAGUUGCACCCGGAAUGGUUCCGAGCCAAAUGAGUGCGCCGCUGAUGAAUCGGCAUGGCGGUAUUGAAAGCGUCUCAAAGCAGGUGCCGGACCAGAAGCUAGGCAGUCCCGAAGAUGUCGCUGGUGUAAUGAUCGCUGGCGCUGUGGUUAACUCCGCGGCCAUCAACCUUGGGAUGUACAUCGCCGGUCGUGUCUUGAUGGGCAUUGGCAUCUCUAUGGGGCUGACGAUUGCACCGACCCUCCUGCAAGAAAUUGCGCAUCCUCGCUAUCGAGCCCAGAUUGGCAGCAUGUAUACCUGCAUUUACUAUAUCGCUGCCGUGAUCUCAGCCGGCGUCUGUCUCGUCACCAGACAUAUUGAAGGAAACGCUGCAUGGAGAAUUCCUUGCUACUUGCAGCUUGUUGGGCCAGGCGUGACUUUAACGAUGACCUUCACUAUGCCGGAGUCUCCCAGGUGGCUUGUUAGACACGGCGCUUCUGACGAAGCUCUACAAAUCCUCGGAAAAUACCACGCAAAUGGCGACAUCAACGACCCCCUUGUUCGGCUCGAAUACGAGGAGAUAAUGGAAAAUCUGCGGGUUGAUGAGGUCAACUCUGAGACCAAAUACACCGACUAUUUCCUGCCAAACAACCGCCCUCGUCUUUUCUUGCUCGUCGUUAUCGCAAUCGGGACGAAUUGGGUUGGAAAUGGCAUCAUAUCGUACUAUUUGUCGCCUAUCCUGAGUACGAUUGGCAUUCGGUCCACGGAGCAACAAGCGGGACUUAACUUGGGCUUACAGAUUUGGAACCUCAUGGGACUUUCAGGGGCCUACGAUACCCAAGGGCAGCAAAAAGCAGUCGGCCUCGCUGUAGUCCCGUUCUUGUUUGUUUUCUUCGGCUUUUAUGAUCUCGCGUGGACCCCACUGUCGAACAUGUACUCGGUCGAGAUCCUGCCCUACAACCUGCGAACCAAAGGACAGGCAAUCUACAACAUCGUUCAAGGAUCCGCAAAUGCCGUCAACCAGUGGGUCAAUCCGAUUAUCCUCGAGGCAAUUCACUGGAGAUACUACGCGGUUUAUAUCGGAAUUCUGGCCUUUUACUGCGUCAUUAUUUAUCUCAGAUUUCCCGAGACGAAGGGACUCACGAUAGAGGAAAUCGCGAUUAUUUUUGAUGGAGAUAGAGCCAAAGGUAUCAGCCGUGCUGCGCGUGUUGUCCGUGAUGAGCCUCAAACUGUCGGCGAUGGACAUUCAAUUCGGUCUGAGCAUGCGGACGAUAUCUCCAUCAAACAAAAUGGCAUGGCGGGCAAGAGCAGCGGCAAUGUCACUGCAUCUGAGCGAGCAUGA